CUACCAUUAUCGAACCUCCGACCGGUAACCCGGCAAAGCGCUAGGCAAAACGAUCGCGGAAAUCCAGCGUCAGAACCUAUUAGCGAAACUAGCAAUAUCGCUGUAUCUGGCCUAGAGUCAUCUAAAAAUACGAUAACUACGGAUAUCGACCGAAUCUAUACAGAAACAAGACAGAUUCGGGAGCACCUUCAGACACAAGUCUUAGACCUAGACGGUCGCGAGUCAUCCCCGAAAAGCCACUCUUCCGCUAAUAAAGGAAGAAAUAAUAUCAGAAUCAAAAACAUUCCAGUCUUCACUUAUAAAUUUACUAUACAACAACGUCAAGACUGGCUUAACGACCAAGAAUUCACCUUUAAGAUAUCUCUAAAGCGUUUUAAGACCGACUAUAAACGUAUUCUUAAAGCGUACCGUUACACUAAGGGAAAGGACCCGAUUAAACGACGAAACGUUAAAAACUCCUAG